GACUGCUGCGCCUUUGUGUCACCACAGAUUCUGAAGCAAUUGAUCUGCUUCACAAAACACGAGGACAUCGAUGUCUACUACGGCUAUCUCUUCACGGGUCUACUUUUCACCUUUGCGCUCAUUCAGAGCAUAAUGGUGCAGCAAGUAUGUGAUGGGGGUUGA